GGACUGAAUGUGACCAACGAAAUCCUCGUGCCAACGUUACCAGACACCCGGCACACAGCUAUCCUCCCCAUGGCGUGGUAGCAAAGCCAGCGCCACAAUCAGGCGAAACGUGAUCCGAGCGCACAUUUCUGAUACAGUUCCGAAAGAAACCCGAUACAUCUUUCCUCGCCACAAAUUCGGUUUUAGUACACACUCCUCCAAUAGGAUAGAAGUGUGCGCGGAUGCAGCGUGGCUUCCAGCGCGGAGUGGAAGCGAGAUAAGCGAGAGUGAUAAGAAAACGACGACACAGUGCUGGAGCAACGCUGGCCACGAUGACAACGACGAUGAAGACGACGACGACUUCGGCUUCGUCAAGUGCGGCCGCAUAAGAUACAGUGCUGAAAGAAAGGCAGGACUUGUACCCUGGGCGGAGGCAUACACAGCGUCCCGUAUUUGUGGAGCCCACUCGGUGCGGGUGGAUAAGUAAAGGGGGCGUUGGACUGAACUAUAGGUGAAAUUUCCUUCUCGAGCACGGAGCGGGAAUCAUCCUCAGAACGGUGUAACCCGGGUAUCAGUGAGCUUUCAUCCGGCGUACGGUACAGAACGUUUUUCUCUAACGGGUGCUAAAGAGUUUUCCGACGAAACCGUGAUUCCAGUGCGGGUCAGUUUGGUGAGAGUUUGUGUUCGAGUGUCGGACCGACUGGAACGGAGCCGCCGCAGGAACAAUCAAUCGUCGGGUGUAUAUUCAUCAGUAUCGUUUAAUUGUUUAGGUAAAUUCGUUCAUUUAGAAUAAACAUCUACACCACCUGACCCGUUCGAUAUCCUGCAUGAGCAUUUGAGCUUUCCGUUAUAGUUUGUACCGAUAAUAAUCACCCUCUUGAGCUGCUGUUACAUACAUUACAUCGCAUCUCUGCAGCAUAUUAUCGCGAUCCCUUUAUUUGCAUCAACGUCGUCCGACUGCGAUCGCCAUUGCACAAGCGAAAUUCGAAUUCGAGCCCCCCAUCCCCAAUUCACACAUCUGCUCGCAUAUCUGUGCUGUAAAAAUAAAAACCCUCCACAAACGCAUCCAAUCCCAAUCACAUCCGGUCAAAAUGAAGGUUGAGAUUCAAAAUCACGUCGAGCAUCUACCAUCGGCGCUCAACGGCAUGACCGUUUCAUCCACCCAUCAUGAUCCUCACAUGCUGGAUGAAACAUGUCUGAUGCUGUCGAAUUUACUGACCAGAAGCAACCGCAUGGCUUCGAAGGCACCGACCAUCUGCGAUGGAACGGCAAAUGCGGUGGAUGCGAAGCUGAGCGAGAUCGACAGGGAGCUAUCGAUUUCGGUUAUCACGGAAGAAGACACCGAAUCGGUGCUGGAUCUGCUGAAACGAUUUUUCUUUAAGGAUGAACCGCUCAACACGUACGUUCAGCUCGGCGAAUGUAAGGAGCUGGAAAAGUACUGUACCAAAAGCCUGGGCGAACACUCCUCUUACAAGGCCGUCAACUCACGGGGCGAAAUUGUGGGUGUAAUCCUGAACGGAACCAUCAUGAAACCGCAACCCGGCGAUGAACCUCCGGCCAAGCUGGCUGAUAAUUGUGCGCAUCCAAAGUUUAGGAAAAUCAUGGCCCUGAUGGACCAUGUGGACGAGCAGUUCGACAUCUUCGAGCUGUACCCGGACAUUGAUCGAUUUUUGGACUGUAAAAUCAUUUCGGUCGAUACGAACUACCGUGGCAUGGGCAUUGCCGGUAUGCUAACCGACCGCACGCUCGACUACGCAUCCCGGAACGGCAUCAAGCUGAUACACGUGCUGUGCAGCAGCCACUUCUCCGCCCGCGUCAUGGAGAAGAUGGACUUUAACGAGGUGUACCGCUUGCCGUACGCCGACUAUCUGGUGAACGGUGAGCAGGUGUUCGAUCCCGAGAAGCCGCACGUAGCGCUGCGAAUCCUCACCAAACGCUUAGACCAGUAGCUCAGUCAAUGAACGUAAAGGGAAGUUGUUUCACCGUUUUCCAGCUCGUACACGAAAACAACAAUACACAAAAUCGACCUACUAGGACAUCGCUGUUUGGCAUGGAGUAAUAGAACCGGAUUUUAUUCACUCAACUGCCGCAAUCGCGCCAUGUCAAUUACUAUUUAACAAAAAAGGACAUACACAGACACAUACAGGAUCCAUUCGAUUCCUUUGGGGUGGGGUAACGUUAACAACAAGAAGUCAUAGUUGCAUAGAUAUGCCAACUUGUGAUAAUGCUUCUUUUUUAAGUGUGCUGCAUUUGAUCAUCACGGUGGACAUUAAUAUAAGUUGGGUGCAAUCCUCUAAGGUGAUGAUGCGAUAAUUGCAACAGUGUUGCGCAUAAAUAUAUGUAAUGGUAAUCAGAUAAUAAAUAAUUAUUUAUACGUAGUA